UACGAAAAUGAAGAAGAUGUGAUAAUAUGGGUAAAUACAGUUGGGCCUAAAUCGAAUCGACAAGAAACCUAUGAAUAUUUUCAGCUUCCGUACUGUCAGGGAGACCAUGUUUCCGAACAUCAUCAUGAAACAUUAGGAGAAGCAUUGUUAGGCAAGCAUGGAAUUGGUGAAUUCUGGAAUUGGCAUGAAGUUUUUGGUUUGUUCAAAAAUAACAUAUUUGCAUUACAUGAAAAAUAUUCUGAAGCUCUUCUUUAUUUUUUAGUAAAAGUGGAAAAUGUCACUAUUUGUGAUAAAGGAUUAACGGCAAAGGAUGUCAAUCUUUUCCGUUAUGCUGUUUCCAAUAAUUACUGGUAUCAAUUAUUUUUAGAUGAAUUGCCAGUUUGGGGAUUCGUCGGAGAGCUUGACGCAAAUACUGGUGAUGCUUUCUUGUAUACGCAUAGAGAUUUUGUAAUAAGUUAUAAUAAUGAUAAGAUAAUCCAAGUAAGACUUGAAAGUGGUAAUCCGGUCAAGUUAUUUUGGGAGACUCGAGACAUACCGAUACGAUUUUCAUAUUCAGUAACAUGGGAACCUACUGAAGACUCGUUUGAUUCGAGAUUCGACAAAUUAUUAGAUACAGAAUUUUUUGAGCACAAGAUUCAUUGGUUUUCUAUUUUCAAUUCGUUUCUCAUGGUCAUGCUUUUAGCUGGUUUUGUUAGUGUCAUAUUGUUGCGUAUGCUGAAAAAGGAUUACGCCAGAUAUGAUAAAGAGGAGGCACUUGGUGAUUUGGAUCAUGACCUUGGCGAUGAAUAUGGUUGGAAGCAAGUUCAUGGCGACGUUUUUCGUGCACCGCGUUCAUUAUUAUUGUUUUCAGCUCUAGUCGGGUAUUCCAGUGCGAACACAUAUCAGAUUUAUGGAGGUCGUAAUUGGAUAAAGAAUAUUCUUGUAACUGCUACUUUAUGGCCUGGAAUACUCAGUAUUAUGACAGCUAUGAUAAAUUUUGUUGCCGUAUAUUACUCUAGUUCGCGGGCAAUCCCGUUCACAGCUAUGCUAGCAAUUUUUGCAACCUGGCUGUUUCUUUCAUUUCCGUUGGCAUUCCUGGGGGCAAUCCUUUGUCGUAAUUGGGCAAGUCAACCAAAUUUUCCUUGCCGUGUUAACCCUAUUCCACGACCUAUUCCCGAGAAAAUUUGGUACGCUGAACCCCUUGUGAUAGUCGCUCUUGGUGGUGUUCUCCCAUUCGCGCAUUGGAUGAGUUUCUUGACUUGUGGUUCAACUGCUGUCUAUGUAUAUCUUUAUGCUAUAUAUUAUUUCAUUAAUCGAACAAAAAUGUAUGGUCUUUUUCAGACUACUUUUUACUUUGGGAAUACCGCAAUAAUUUGUGCUGACGACGAAGUGCUAGAUGACAUUCUCGAACUUUUUGGAGACGAAGAGAACGAAAGGUUAAGCAACCUACAACCUGAACCGUCUGCUAGUAAUACAUACGCCCAUGAAGAAAAACGACCUACUAGAACUUCCAGCCAAAAACGAAAGUCCACCACACCUCCUCGUCGUGGAGGAUACUCGGAGGAAGAUGGUGAGGGCAACGAAAGACGAAGAGAUACCGAUGAGUUUGAUUCCGAAUUAUACCAUGAUGAGGAUGAUCGAGAUAGGUUGGAGAAUCUUGUUGAGCUCGAUCGCGAAAGAAUAUUGGCUGAAAGAGCCGAAAAAAUACAACACCAUAAAGAUUUGGAAGCUGUACAAUUAAUGAUAAAUCUUGAAGACGUUUCUUCAACAAGAAGAUCUUCUAGAACAAAAGACACAAAAAAGAAAGGUAUCGAAGAACUUAAACGUCGACGAGCGCAAAAAAAUCAGAGAACAAAAGCUGGAUCACUGAGCCCAGAACCCGGAGAACAUGUUACAACCGGUGACGAAGAUGAUGUGUUUUAUGAAGAUUAUGAAAGAGGGGAGCAAAAUAAGGAUGAUGAUUCUGAUGGUAUUACAGUUGAUGAUAUUAGAGAUAUACAAUUAACCAGGCAUCAAUUCAGUGAUUGGGUUUAUAAGCCCUUCUUCGAAAAAAUUGUAACUGGUUGUUUCGUUCGUUUGCAUAUUGGAUUACAAAAUGGUAAACAAAUCUAUCGUGUUUGUGAGAUUGUAGGUGUUGAGGUACCAGAAAGGGUACAACCAUAUCUAAUAGAUGCGAAUGAUAAGGUAAAGACUAAUAAAGUAUUACGUCUUAAACAUGCUGAUGCUGUAAAAAGUUGGCAAAUGAACAUUAUUUCGAACGGGAAGUUUGAACAGUCCGAGUUUGACCGUUGGACAGUUACUAUGAAAAUUAAAAAACUUGACUUGCCGACAAAAGAAGCAAUAACAAAAAAGAAAGAACAGAUUAAAGCUGCUGAUGAUUAUAUUUUAUCAGAGCAAGAUGUUGACAUCAUGAUCAAGCAAAAGCAAACACUUCGUGGAGGGGUUGAACCUGUAAAUUUAUUAACCGAGAAAACUAACUUAGUGACACAAAAGAACUUGGCUGUUGCUCAGGGAAAUAAAACAGAUGCACAAAAUUAUGCCACACGCCUUGCAGAGAUAGAUAGGAUGAUUUCAGAAACUUCUCGUUCCCCUAAACAAGAUUCGAAAUCCAUUAAGGCUUCUAUAAAUGAUUCACCAACCUCAAAAACAAAUGGAGAUAGAACUGAACAAUUUGAAAAAGCAAAAAGGUCAUCAUUGACGCGUUAUGAAGCCAUGAUUAAUGACGUUCAGAUCGACCUUCUUCUCCCUCCAGAUCCGGAGUAUGAGAAAAUGCGAGACCAAACAGAAGAAUAUUAUGAAGCAAGAUAUUCAGAAUUCAACGUUGAACAUUCUUUGGAAUUGAUUCGUAAGAUAGUUAAACAGUCCUCUCAAACACAACAACAACCGGAUGUUCCACAACAGCAACAGCCACAAUUGCCACCGCGCGAAGAAUCUAAGAGUAUACAGCAUUAUACAGCCCAACCGCCACAUUCGUCAUGGAAUUCAGAUAGUGCAAUCCCGUCAUUAAAAGAUUUGCACUAUGAAAUUUGA